AUGACAUCUUCUUCUAAAGUGACUUCGCAGUCUAUAAAAUUCUCCAGACAUGUAUCAUCAUCCUCUGGACACGACUCAGAUCAACAACAUCAUCAAGGCCCCCCAAUUCAUCCCAAUUUCACACUAAUGACUUCUGGUGGUUCUAUUUUAAUUUUCUCCUCGUUCGUCAAGACAGCCGGUCGUUUAAAAAUACAUCUCAGAACUCAUACCGGUGAAAAAGGAUACCAAUGCAACUUAUGCAGCCGAGAAUUUAAUCGACUGAAUCAUUUUGAAGCAACACAUGCUUAUUCACAGUGGAAUUGUGCCAAUUUAUUUGAAUCAGAAAUAUAUUUAGAAGAAGAAGAUGAUGUAAUUCUCAUAAAGGCUGUAAGAAACAAAGUACGUAAAGGCUCCAAAGUGCCAAAAAUUCCAAGAAAAAAGUCUUAUAUAUGUACAUAUUGCCCAAAAGUCUUCACCCGCAAAGACUCUUUAUCAUCACAUAUCAGAACUCACACCGGUGAACGUCCCUACAAGUGUGAUGAGUGCAACAAAGCCUUCGCAAGUUCUGUACGUCUCACAAUGCACAAACGAAUCCACACCGGUGACAGACGUUAUGAAUGUCAUUUCUGUGACAAAAAGUUUACCCAAAUAUCUAUUUUAACAAGACACAAAGUCAUCCAUACUGGUGAACGACCUUUUAAAUGCAAGUAUUGUGAUAAGGCUUAUACACAACCGGGGCCUUUGUCAACGCACACGAGGACUCACACAGGGGAAAAACGUUAUAAGUGUUUGACUUGCAGUAAGAUGUUUACUACGUCGAAUGCUCUAGUGGUGCAUACGAGACUACAUACAGGAGAAAGGCCCUAUAAGUGCACGGUUUGUGGAAAGGGAUUUACACAGUCGCCUUUGUUGCAACGUCAUAUGAAGACUCACAAUAUUGUCUGA